AUGGUGAAAGUCAGAGUGAAUGGAUUUGGAUUUGGCUGCAUUGGCCUCCUGGUCACCAGGGCUGCUUUCAACUCUGACAAGGUGCAUAUCAUGGCCAUCAAUGACCUGUUCAUUGACCUCAACUACAUGGUCUACAUGUUCCAGUAUGACUCCACCCACAGCAAGUUCCAGGGCACCAUGAAGGCUGAGAAUGGGAAGCUAGUCAUCAAUGGAAAGGCCAUAUCCAUCUUCUAGGAGUAAGAUCCCACCAACAUCAAGUGGGGUGAUGCUGGCACUGAGUACAUGGUGGAGUCCACUGGCAUGUUCACCACUGUGGAGAAGGCCGGGGCUCACCUGAAGGGUGGAGCCAAAAGGGUUAUCAUCUCUGCCCCAUCUGCUUAUGCCUCCAUGUUUGUGAUGGGCGUGAACCAUGAGAAGUACGACAACUCCCUCAAGAUUGUCAGCAAUGCUUCCUGCACCACCAACUGCUUGGUGCCCCUGACCAAGGUCAUCCAUGACAACUUUGGCAUCGUGGAGGGGCUCAUGACCACAAUCCAUGCCAUCACCACCACCCAGAAGACAGUGGAUGGUCCCUUGGGGAAGCUAUGGCGUGAUGGCCGUGGGGCUGCCCAGAACAUCAUCCCCAUGUCCACCGGUGCAGCCAAGGCCGUGGUCAAGGUCAUUCCAGAGCUGAACGGGAAGCUCAGCAGCAAGGCCUUCCAUGUGCCCACGCCCAACAUGUCGGUGGUGGACCUGUCCUGCCACCUGGAGAAAGUGGCCAAAUAUGAUGACAUCAAGAAGGUGGUGAAGCAGGCAUCAGAGGGCCCCCUGAAGGGUAUCCUGGGCUACAUUGAGGACGAGGUUGUCUCCUGCAACUUCAACAGUGACACCCACUCUUCCACCUUUGAUGCUGGGGCUGGCAUCGCCCUCAAUGACCACUUUGUCAAGCUCAUUUCCUGGUACGACAAUGAGUUUGGCUACAGCAACAGAGUGGUGCACCUCAUGGUCCACAUGGCCUCCAAGGAGUGAGCACCCCAACCA